AUGAUCAUUGCUUUGCAGACUUUGAUUUAUUUCCGCGAAUCCUUUUUUACUGUGCUCGAUCGCGUACUUCGGCCUUACUAUAAGCGGAUUUCUAUACCGUUUAUCAAGAAUGUCGAGGAUUCGGAAGAUGAAGAACCAGAUGAGCAAGUGUUUUCGGAGUUCGAUGACGAGAAAGGGGUCGUAUUUUUUCCUCCGAUGUACUCGCAGCGGUAUGCCGCUGUUAGCGACUGCCUCAUGGAUGAACGAUGGCGCGGCAAGUUAGAGAAGGUUGUGGAUUUUGGCUAUCAUGAUAUGAGCUUUAUCAAGUAUCUGAAGGAGGUCCCUGGUAUCCAGCGGAUCCUGGGUGUAGACAUUGAAAGUAUGCCUCUUAGGUGUUCCUCUGAUUUGUUUACUAGUGAUGAGUAUACACCAAGGCGGGAGAGCCCUCUACAAGUUACUCUGUUCCAAGGUAAUGCAGCUGAUCCAGACUAUAGGUUAAUUGGCUGUGAUGCUGUGAUUGCCAUAGAAAUGAUUGAGCACAUGCUUCCUCAUGAUCUAGACAGAUUAGUACACAAUGUGUUUGGCUUUAUCAAACCCUGGAUUGUUGUGUUUACUACGCCAAAUGGUGAUUUCAAUGUCCUGUUCAAAUCACUGGAGAAAAAUGGAUACAGAAGAUGGGAUCAUUUCUUUGAAUGGAGUAGGGAACAGUUUAAUGAGUGGUGCAGUAACAUUAUAUUGCGGUAUCCUAACUACUCCGUGACAUGUCAGGGAAUAGGCCCUGGCCCUCCUGGCACACUGCAUUAUGGCUGCUGCAGCCAACUGGCUUUGUUUGUUAACAAGCAAUACCAUAAACAACAAGACUUGAACUUCAAUAGUUUGGCUUUAGUCCCAAUGCCAAACCCUCCACCGACAAAUGAUCUGGUCGAGAGCUGGGACACUGCUGCGUUAGAAAGUGGGUUACAAACAGAAAUUGAGAGGAUUGGUGCUCCUUAUGGAUUAAACUGCUCAACACUUCAAGUGAAGAAGUUUUCUAAGACUUCACAAAACUUGAUGGCUAAAAACAAAAUACACUCAGUGCAUACACGUGAAGUCGUGGACGAGAUUCGACAGUUAACAAAGACAUUGAAAUUCAACAAGUGUAUCAUGGAUGGACCAGAGGAUGGAUCCACUACCUGGUGUAACAUCAACUGGGGAGACGAUGCACCUUAUUGGAACCAGUAUUAUAAAGUUGUUAAAGAAUACAAUUGUCCUUUUGAGACUAAAUCCGAAGAGUGUCGCAUCCUAGACCUUAUCUCGGAAGAGAUCAACCACUUGAUCGACUCGCAGUGCGAUGAGGCCCCUACGUGUGUCAAGAACCGACUCGAAAUACCGCUGAGCGAUCUAAUGAGUGUCGUCGAGCAUAUUACUGACGAUAUCAACUUGGUCAGAGACAUCCUGGUGUGGAAUGGCUAUGAAAUUGUAGACGAUGUUGUUAUACACUCACGGUUGGUGGUAGACACCGUGUCGGUCGGCUCACAGGACGAUGAAUGGCAGGACAACGUAUCUAACAUCUCUGAUUGGGAUAAUGUUACCGAAGUUCAAUCUACAACGGUGUCCGAGGGAAGUACAAUCGUGCCUGAUUAUCAAGACCGUUGUCUUCGUCGCGCACUGGACUACAAGCUACGCAAUCUGCGUACAAUGCUAACCGCCGAUGAGGAUAUAACAACUGAGCUAGAUAAAAUUGUAUGCAAGUUAAUGAAACUAGCCUUACGGACGAGCACACGACGGACCACUCCUCCCCCGGCUAAGUGGAUGCAAUGCAAAUUAUUAGAUCUCCUCACACUCACCGAGAAAGCUAUUCAAAGGCGCAAGCAGCACGUUAUGGAAGAUUCAAUAAAGGCUCUAAGAUUUGAUUUCGUACAAGAUGAUGAUAGUAAGCAAAAAAUUGGUAAUCUUGACGAAAUGCAAGAAGAUAAUAUUAUGAAGAAUAUAAACGACAACUAUACGGAUACAAUAAAAGCACCAGAUUCUGAAAAUGCUGAAGCACUUAAAUCCCCGUUCAUAGAUUCUGAUCCACAAAAUGAUAUUAUGAGUUCCAGUUGUAAUGGCUUCAAAGAUUUAGAGCAAAACGAAAAUCUAUUUCCCAAUACAACUAGACCCCUAACAGAACUAACCGCAGAGAUUCUUGGAUUAAAACCUGAGAUAAAUCCGAUGGAAAGAACUAAAGCGUGGCUCGAUGUCGAUGUCGAAGUAGCCCCAUAUCAUAAUCAGGAGAUGAAUUCGGAAAAAAAUAGUUUAUUAGAAUCGAAUAGUGUCUCUAAUACUUUACAUAAAAAAGAGAAAUUAGAGGGCGAAUGUAUUGCUAACAAAGAAAUGGAAUCACCAAUAUGCCUGACUCCGUCAAGCAAAACUUCGUCUAGCAAAUAUAAGUUCAAACGCGAAGAUAAAAAGAGAAAAACAAGUAGUACACGAGUUACAAAAAAGGUGACUAAAAGAAUAUGUCCUAAUUACAAUAUUGUUAAAAAUUCUGACAGUAAGAAUCCAGGUUCUUACGAUAGCUAUAUCAUUAGACCGAAGAGGAAAACUAAGGAGAACCAAUGUUUGACUAUGAGGUCUUCAAAACCGAUACCAGAAAGUCUUAUAGACCUUUGCAACCCAGAAAUAAAAGGUAUGCAGUGUUUUAAGGAAUAUUUGAAUGUCGUCGAUACUUCUAACGAUAUUGUGGUUUUAAAUCAAUCUAAUCCAUUAGCAGUAGCACCUGAAGAAAGUUUACUUUUUGAUAUUAUAAUAGACGAUAACACACAAGAAACGAUACCUUUUUGUAAAAGUACAGACAACAAUGCACAAGAUACUGAAAAGGCUGAUAUUUCUAACAAAGACGAAAUGGAAGAAAUAAGUAACGAUAUUGAUGUAAACUUAUGUACUAGGCAUGAAGUUAGCACGGAAAAUAUAUUUUCACAAACAAUAUUUUUAAAUGACAUAAACGAACCCAGCACAUCAAAAGGCAUCCGUCAUAAUGUCAGCAUGGAUGUACAAUGCGGUCCAGACACGCUAGCUGCCUAUCCAAUGUUGUCUGCAUCAACUUCCUUAGUCAGAAUACCUCAAGGCUUCUCUGCGGGGAUUAAAAUUCACGACCCUGCCCCUGAUACUGUGCAAGGAAACGACUUUGGUACCUCCACACAUGAAAGUGAUUAUGAUAAAAUAGUUACACCACGAUCAAGAUCUAUAGGAAUCAAAAUAAAAGACUCUGACAUCAAUAUUUUUCCUGCACCUUACGAUUCGUCCAUGACUCAGAGGACUAUCGAGGCCGCAAACCGAAACUCUGGCCCUAGAAGUUGGAGCCCUGAGUCAAAUAUGAUUAUGUCUGAAAAACUGAUUUCUUUGGUCUCGGCGGCCGACGAUUCUUUCGACAAAACUAUUGUUUUAAACCCUAUAUCAAGAAAUUCAAAGGCUGAAUGUUCUUGCUGUCAAUUAUGUGCUAGCGAUGGUUCAAUCCUAAAAUCAUUUUCACAACUCGACAACUCCACAGAGACUGAUAGCGAAACUUUACUAUUGAAAUCCUUGGAUUGUAAAGAGAGUAACAUGAUUAAAAAAGUUCCUAAUAUAGUGAACAGUAAACCAAAACUCAGUUGUGGAGGAGUAUAUGUGCAUAGUUAUAAGGACAAACAAGAGUCCGAGGACAUUGUCUAUCAAGGAAAAUGGCAGCGAUGCAGACCAAAAUCUGGAAGGAAAAGAACACCAAACACUAUUUUAGCCAAGAAGAUUUAUGAAUCUGGUAAUAGAAGGCAAAAGGAAACAGUAAAGGAUAAAAAUUUUAAUCCAAGGGAUAAAAUAUCUAUUAAGAAAAUGGAGAAGAAAGAGUUAAAAGUAGAUAAUAAAAAACCUCUGCAACGUAAUGGCUCAAUAUUGCAGAAAGUAAAGCAAGAAGAAGUCACUGAGAACAAAAGAAAUAACUCAGGCAGGCAGUUAGUGAAAACGGAUAAAGGCAUUUCUAGUACAUUAAGACUAAAUAGGCAGGUUAUCAAUGUGACUAAGGUUGCUUCAAAGAUAGGAAUGAGUUCGAUUACUUCUAAAAAUAAUAAAUCAGCAUACACUACGAAGAAACCUCAACUUACAGCUGUCAUUGGUGGUAAAAAAGAAGGUUGUACACAAAAAUUAAAAAAAAAUUAUAUACCGUUGUAUAUGAGGAAAAGAAAUGAGAUGUCAGAAAAAAAUCGUUUAAAUGAAAGUAUGAGUUCUGUUGAUUUUGAUUUAGAUCAGAAAGAAACAGUUACGAAAGAUGUACCUAUAAUUACUGUGAAAAAUGAUGUAAUAAAAAAAGAUUUACUCCAGUUCCAAGGACAAAUUACGGAAAAUACUUACUUGGUAUUUCGUAAUGAGAAUCCGGAAAAUUGUAAUCCUUCUAAAGAUCAGCUUAUUCUAAAUCCUACUAAUGAAGACAAUAUAAUGCAAAAUGGAAAUUUCAUUAAACGCACGCGCAGUCAUCAAUCAUUGAACAGUUCGACUUGUUCGUCCCCAAAUAGUAUAGUAACAGUUAGAGCAGUAAACACAAAGUCUAAAAAUUUAACUCACCAUAGACAUUCUGCAUCAUCACACAGAAGUAGCUUAAACACUAGUGAAUCAGAUAAUCCUACACCGACUAAAACAAAAAAAACGAUCAAAAGAUGUAAAACCGCAAAAAGGACGGAAAAUAAUAGAGACACAAACAAUAAAGAAAAUAUCCCGGAGACAACAGAAAACUUUUCUAGCAAAGAAUCUGAAAAUGUUGCUAAAUCUCCAUUUGUUGGUCAGCAUAUUUGCAUAACCCAGAUGAAGGCCGACCUCUCUACGCCUCUAAUGACAUCGAAACACAAAACGCCUAGAUCUAAUAAAUCUAAUAUAAAAAUACCAACACCAGAAGACACUAUUGAUAAAAAACGAUCUCUUAGUGCAUCCGUAUCUCGAAAGAGGUCUAGAACUUCUUCAAUAAACAGCGUGAUUCCUAAUAAGGAUACGUCCAAAAGUAGUUCAAUAUCUACUAACAUGGUGUAUGAUCUAAAUACACAAGAUUCUAAUAAUGUCAUAUCAUCAGAUGAUACUGUAAAAUCUCUAGAAAAUAAUGAUGAUCGUAAACUGAGCUUACAAAGCACUAACGAAUCGAAUAACAUUACACAUGACGUGAAACAAGUAAUUGGAGACCUGCUAAAUUCUAUAAAUUUACCAAGUAAAAUUACUAGAUCAGAUCUGAUUUCUGGAUCAGUACAUUUAAACUCCGAUGAUGUGAAUCAUAGCGCAGAUUUAAACGAUUCAUUUAAUAGUUUUGUAACAGUCACAGCUAAUUAUUUAAACAGCACUGUUGUAGAGAGUGACAAGGAAAACUUAUUCAAUUCUACUUUAGACACGAUGUUAGGGAAUGAAUCCAUCGUUAGUAUAGCGAACACACGCCUAAACGUAACUGAUUUAGAUUUAUUAUCGUUUAAAUCUAUGACAUCAACCUCCAAAGAUUCUGAAUAUUUCAUCCAUGAAAGUGAAGUUAACGCAGCCGUUGGUAAAGUUGAGUGUUCACAGGGAUCGAAUGUGGCUGUUGUUCCUGUUUCGGUAACAGAUAUAUUCGAGAGAAAAGAAAAUUUAAUGCAGAAACCUCCGGGCGUUCUCGCAAUUCAAGCGUUUAGUGGCUUUUCUCUGGACGGUGAACCUGUGGCAAGUCAACAACCUGAUCCAAUCGCUUUAGUCGAUUCUGAGACAGGCAGUCUGGCUAUGAGACCACCCACAGCAAGACAAACUACAUCUGAAGAAUUAUUUAUUUCGGGAAGAUCUUCAGAGAGUUACCAAUCGUGUCUUAUAGACGAUGAUGCUGUUGUACCAAAUUGGCUGUUUCAAAUUAUCAGCCAGCAACAUUCACAGGUGAUAGAAGACCAGCCUAUGGUUGGUCCACAGCCUGCACCUAUGGAUCAGGAAUCAAUGUAUGAUGUAAAUGGCAACGCUAUUGAGCCAGGGAUUAUCGAUGCAGUCGCAGGAGCUGGUGAUGGCCGUGGAAUUCAUAGUGAUCAGUCUCAGGAUAGUUCAGGGAGAGGCACCUCUCUCAGCUCCAGUGAUACGUCUUCUAGUCCACACAGCGAAGCAAUACUUAUUGACCCAUCGACAUACACCGCUCAAAUUGAACUGUUGAGAGACCCAGUAACAAGUUCUGCUCUAGCUUCAGCAAAUUUCAAUGAAGACUAUUCAAGAGAGGAAUAUUCGACAAAUGUGGAAGGAGCCGUUUGCCACACACUAACGGCCAACAGUCGUCGACGACCGCGAACGUUUUCGAAUGAGGCCAGCGACAUCAGUGCAGACAUCAGUUCCAUUGACACCGAUGUACCUGACUCAGAUGAUUAA